CAUAUACCCAUGACCCAUAACCCAUAAUAAUAAUACAUAUAAAAAGCUUUUCCUCAAUCAACAAACAAAGCAUCUUUUUUUCCAUGUCUCUCUCGAAUAACUUUGCUCAGUGUGUGUAGUAUAUAUAUAUUUAUAAAAAAAAUCUUCUUCAUUCAUUGACCUGUUAAACUCAAAACCCUAACCAUUUCUUUCUCUCUCCGUGUGUUUGUGUUUGGAUCUGAGAUCGGAAUCUCGUAGCGAUGGAUGAAGAGUAUGAUGUGGUAGUGUUGGGUACUGGUCUCAAGGAAUGCAUUCUUAGCGGUCUUCUCUCCGUUGACGGCCUCAAGGUUCUGCACAUGGAUAGGAAUGAUUAUUAUGGAGGAGAGUCAACAUCACUUAAUCUUAUUCAGCUCUGGAAGAGGUUCAGGGGAAAUGAUAAGCCUCCGGCACAUUUGGGCUCAAGUAGGGAUUAUAAUGUUGACAUGAUACCAAAGUUUAUGAUGGCAAAUGGCACUCUUGUUCGUGUCCUCAUUCAUACAGAUGUUACUAAGUAUUUGUACUUCAAAGCUGUUGAUGGCAGCUUUGUCUACAAUAAAGGAAAGGUUCACAAGGUUCCAGCAACUGACAUGGAGGCACUCAAAUCCCCACUGAUGGGUAUAUUUGAAAAGCGCCGUGCUCGUAAGUUCUUCAUUUAUGUUCAAGAUUAUAAUGAGACCGAUCCCAAAACACAUGACGGGAUGGACUUGACUAGAGUGACAACUAGAGAACUGAUAGCAAAAUAUGGUCUGGAUGACAACACUGUGGACUUUAUCGGUCAUGCAUUAGCACUUCAUAGAGAUGAUCGCUACCUUGAUGAACCUGCACUAGAUACCGUAAAGAGAAUGAAGCUUUAUGCGGAGUCUCUUGCACGUUUUCAAGGAGGAUCACCAUACAUUUAUCCUUUGUAUGGAUUGGGAGAGCUCCCCCAGGCAUUUGCACGACUUAGUGCUGUUUAUGGUGGGACAUAUAUGUUGAACAAACCUGAGUGUAAGGUGGAGUUCAAUGAGGUAGGUCAAGUUCUUGGUGUCACAUCAGAAGGGGAAACUGCUAGGUGCAAAAAAGUUGUCUGUGAUCCUUCAUACUUGCCCAACAAGGUUAGGAAGGUUGGUAGGGUUGCAAGGGCAAUUGCCAUAAUGAGCCACCCAAUCCCAAACACCAAUGAGUCUCAUUCAGUGCAGGUUAUCCUGCCACAGAAACAGUUGGGUCGCAAGUCCGACAUGUAUCUUUUCUGUUGCUCUUAUUCUCACAACGUUGCUCCAAAGGGAAAAUUUAUUGCAUUUGUUUCAACAGAGGCGGAGACUGAUCAUCCUGAGACUGAACUUAAGGCAGGAAUUGACCUUCUAGGGCCUGUCGAUGAGAUAUUCUUUGAUAUUUAUGACAGAUACGAACCAGUCAAUGAACCGACCUUGGACAAUUGCUUUAUAUCAACAAGUUAUGAUGCAACAACACACUUCGAGUCAACUGUCUUGGACGUACUCAACAUGUAUACCAUGAUAACUGGGAAGGUUCUUGACCUCAGCGUGGAUUUAAGUGCUGCCAGUGCUGCAGAGGAGUGAGGAUUGAGGAACACUUGACAGUUCUGCUUUGUUCCAACCUCCUUCGAGAGCGUUGAAGUUGCCUGUCACUUAAUCAAAAAAGAGUGUUAAAAGUUCGCCAGUCACAGAAGUGGCAUUGGACUUGUGAUUGUUUUCUCUUUCCGUCAUAGACUGUCUUAUAUGAUAAAAAUGUGUUGUUUCAUAUGUACUUUGGUGGAACUUGAUGUGUAGAUUUAUGAUGUGCAUUUGACUACUCACUUGUGGUGGCAGCUUCCAAAUGAAACUUAUUAAUUUAAUUACAAUAGCAUUUGUAUAA